AUGGACGCCGUUUCCACAGCAACCGCAGGCGCCUCCCGCCAGCGACCCGGAAGGAACUGGAUUUCGCCAGGCCCGGUGAGCGAGUGGAAGUUGAGUUCCGGGUCGCGGCGGUGCAGACUCUCACGUGGAUGCGGAGACCCUUGGCGGACGGGGAUGAUCAACAAGACUCCCAAAAUAGACCUGGGCCUUGAGUUCCCAGAGAAAAAGAAGAAGAAAAAGAAAAAGAAGCUGGUUAAAGAGGCAGAGACUGAUUAUUCAGCUCUACGCCAUGCUGCUUACUUCAUGGCUAUGUCUCCACGGAGGGCCGCCUCCCCUUCCAAGAGCUCAGUUCCAGGACAGGUGGCUGAGGUGCCGCUGGUGAAGAAGAAGAAGAAAAAGAAGAGCCACACCUUGGGUGAGGAUCGCCUGGACCCUGAGGUCACGUUGCAGGCCCGACGGACGAAGAAGUCCCGGAGCCCCAGGAAGCUGUCACCCAGCCACUUGGAGCCCCUCAGCAGGGAGGAGGAGGAGGAGGAGAAGAAGAAGAGGAAGAAGUCCUUGGUGCCUCUGACUGUGGCCCAUGACCUAAGGGUCAAGAUUUCCCCAGACCCUGGACAGGGCGAGGAAGCGACCAGACUUGGCAGGAAGCCCAAAAAGCACAAGAAGGAGAAAAAGACGCAAGAGCCCGGCCCCUUCGCAGUCCAGAACCCGUGGUUCUCGGAGGUGGAAGAUGCACUGUACAGGUGCUCGGUGGAGGAGCAGGCGGCCCUCAGUCAGAAGCGGAAGCCGGAGAGCCCCCGGGAGCAUCGUGUGAAGGUCAAGAAGAAGAAGAAAAUCCACCAGGAGGGAGAUGACCUUCUCAACCAGUGCCAGCCGGCCAGGUCCUGGGAGAGCAGCUCUAGGAAAGGCAGCAAAAAGAAGCUGGUCCUGCUCGAUGCCCCAGAGUACGUCCCCAUAGGAGAUGGCCUCAAGGCCCCGACAAAGAAGAAGAGCAAGUUGAAGAAGCAGGUGGAGCAGCAGCCCAUCCCGGAGGAGCCAGCUCCGAAAAAGAAGAAGAAGAAGAAGCGGAAAGAGAGCAAUGGGGCCGGAGACCUUUGCGAGGAGGAGCCAGACACGGACUUGGAGGUGGUGUUGGUGAAGUUGGGCAACACGGACGAGGCACACAUAGACCAGGUGAGAAGAAAAGCUUUGCAAGAAGAGAUCGAUCGGGAGUCGGGCAAGACAGAAGCUUCAGAAACAAGGACGGGAACACAGUUUGGCCAGUGGGACACCGCCGGGUUUGAAAACGAGGAACAGAAGCUGAAAUUUCUCAAACUCAUGGGUGGCUUUAAGAACCCGUCCCCCUCCUUCAACCAGCCCCCUAGCAUGCUCGGGAGGCCCAACAUGGCGCUCAGCAAGAAGGCAGCAGAGAAGCUGCAGCAGGGGCUGCAGCAGGACUACGACCGGGCCAUGAGCUGGAAGCACAACCGGGGGGCCGGCCUCGGCUUCCCCACCACCCAGGACAAAAUCUUCUACAUCGACAGGAACGCAUCCAAGUCAGUCAAGUUGGACAAUUAAACCCUGGUCUCUAGUUCCCCA